AUGACAGAGCAAACGGUGGUUGCCCUGCGUGCUGUGGUUGAUCAUGUUGCACAUGUUGGUGGCCUGGAGAUGACCAUCUCCAAAAAGAUGCUGCUUGCAGCUGGCAGUGCUAAAACAGCCUACAGUAACGUGACAAUCAGAGUGAACUCUUCUGAAACUCGCGACUUCUUUUUGGUUCAUUCGAAGCUACUGACGAUCAGCAGCACGACGCUGCAGGCGCUGCAGCCUGACGACUCAUGGCAGGAUGUUGCGCUCCUGGACACGUUUGCUUACGAACCGAACGAGUUCUGGGUGGUACGGACGCAGGCUUCUGUGUCUCCAGGAAUUUUCCGACUGUCCUUAACAUUUGACGGCUCCUUGACAGCCAACGGCCUCGUAGGCUUCUAUGACUCGGACUACAUCGAUGAGGCUAACAACACAAGGCUGCUGGCGACGACAAAGUUCGAGCCGACCUACGCGCGCCAGGCCUUCCCGUGCUUUGACGAGCCGAGCUUCAAGUCAACCUUCACCGUGACUGUCGUGCGCCCUCUCCUGGAGUACAUCGUGCUCUCCAACAUGCCUGUCGUGAAUGAAGCGGUCAACCAGCCCGCUGAAGGUCUCGCUGAAGUGACGUUUCAAGAGUCCGUGCCCAUGGUAACGUAUCUCGUAUGCUUCAUCGUCUGCGACUUCAUUUACAUCGGCGAAACCUUGCCCAGCGGGAUGGACUUCCGCGUCUACGCCCCCCGAGCGCGCGUAGACAACACGGAGUACGCACUGCGUCAGGGCGCCCAGAUACUGCAGUACUACGAGAAGAUGUUCGACCUGCCCUUCCCUCUACCAAAAAGCGACAUGGCGGCCAUCCCCGACUACGUGUCUGGGGCCACAGAGCACUGGGGCAUCAUCACCUACAGGGAGACUAGCAUCUUCUACAACCCCACCAAGAGUUCCGAGACCAACAAGCAGCGAGUCUGCUCUGUCGUAGCGCAUGAACUGGCGCACCAGUGGUUUGGCAACCUCG